AACACACGCAAACCCUGUGACCGGAAAAGAUACUUAGUGCCUCAGCAAAGUGGUUAAGAUGGCUGUGGUUCUUUUCUUGGCGAUUGUGGGGUGCUUCUUCGGACAUGGGACGGCUCAAGACACCGCCAAACCGCAUAUACUGCUUAUCGUGGCCGACGACCUAGGAUGGAGUGACGUCAGUUGGAACAACCCGUAUGUGGUGACGCCGAAUCUCCACACCCUAGCAACUACUGGUGUCAUUUUCAACCAGACGUAUGCCCAGCCAACAUGCUCGCCCUCCAGGACUGCCCUACUGACCGGGAAAUUUCCUUUCCGCCUCGGAAUGCAGCGUGUUAUGGAUUCCAAGAAACCCCACGGACUUCCAUUGGAUGAAGAACUCCUCCCACAGAAACUGAAGAAACUGGGAUACGCAACACACAUGGUUGGAAAAUGGCAUCUAGGUUCCUGUAAGUGGGAGUACACGCCUACAGAACGAGGGUUUGAUUCCUUCUACGGUUACCACCACGGAAGCCAGGACUACUACACACAUAAAUCUGCAAGAGGACUGGACUUUUGGGACGGGAAGACUUCCAUCAGUGACCAAAAUGGCGUUUAUUCAACGGAAUCAUUCGCCACUCGUGCGGAAAACAUCAUCAGUCAACACGACCCCAACACCCCUCUGUUCUUGUACCUACCGUUCCAGUCUGUGCAUACUCCUCACCAGGUUCCUUCUAGCUACCUGCAGACCUUCUCGACUAUUCAGGACGACAACAGGAAGUCAAUUUUAGGCAUGGCGACAGCCCUUGACGACGCCAUCAAGCGGGUCACGGACGCACUGAAGGGCAAAGGAUUAUGGGACAACACACUCACCAUUUUCAUGUCGGACAACGGGGGAGAAUACUCAGAGGGACAAAGUAACUGGCCUCUCCGUGGCGCCAAAGGCACGUUCUGGGAGGGAGGGACCCGUGUGCCCGCCUUCGUACACGGCAACAUGCUGGAGAGGACAGGAUACACUUAUCAUGGAAUGAUGCACGGCGUUGACAUCCUCCCUACACUCGUGUCUGUGGCAGGCGGAACUGAGGACCCUGGGCUAGACGGAAAGAACAUGUGGCAGAGUAUCUCUACUGGUGCAGACUCACCGAGAAAUGAGUUUGUAUACGACAUAGACAGCGGGGCAAACCGUUACGCUAUCAGGAUCGGAGACUACAAACUGGUAACAGGAAACCGGGCUCCCAAAGACGACUGGUAUGCCCCCGCUGAGAUGCAACAAAUGGGCAUCCUUACCGAGAUAGCUGAUGACACGGGACCUUUUCUCUUCAACAUCAAAGAGGACCCACUUGAGAAGUCGAACCUGUACAAUGCGGCUGAGUAUGCCUCCAUACAGCGGGCCAUGCGCCGCCGGCUGAACGAGCUCAAGCCGUUCGAAGUCCCGUUCCCCGACCUUGCUGAUGACCCGGCCGCUGACCCGUCCAACUAUGGCAACGUCUGGAUGCCCGGGUGGUGUUAGGGCCCAUCACGUGACCUCUGCGGCACCAUCAAAGGUUCCGAUUUCUCUGAAAAUUAUUCUUAGAUCUCCUCCUAAACUUGUGGCUGUCAUUCAUCAAUAAAACUGAAGAUAUGUCGUCUACUUGUCGUUCUUUCAACAAACAGUAGUUACUCAUCCAAAAUUCUGCCGACUGUGACCAAGUGUGUCACAUGAUGUGUUCGUGAUGCAUUGUGGUCUAGGUCAAAGGUCAAGAUCGCUUGCUCUCGAAUACCAUGGAGGCAAUGGAUACCUCCUACUCUUUCUAGUGUAGACUUUUUUGCAGAACAACAGAAUAGCGAGUUUAAACACUAACAAAGUUAAGUCAAAAUCAGAACAAAAUUAAGAAAAGGAAAGGUUAUAUUUUAUAGAGAAAAAAGACAUAAAAGUAGAACAAUGGACAUCUGAAAUGAUAUAUUCCCACUUACAAAUAAAUACUUAG